GCGGAAGGUGACGUGGACACGGAAGUGGUCGUCGUCGCGGCGGCACCGGUGGGAGCAGGGCGCGGGGCUCGGAGUGCGGCCAGCGGUCGGACGGGCGGCGGCGGAGGGCUCCAGCGUCGUCGGUUGGGGGAGAGUCCGCUGAGCCGACGAGCGCUUUCCAGCUCCUUUCUCCUGCCCAUCGGUACCCCGGAGCCGGGGCCCGCGCAGCCGGCGUCACCAUGACCAAGGCCGGUAACAAGGGCGGGAACCUCCGCGACAAGCUGGACGGCAACGAGCUGGACCUGAGCCUCAGCGACCUGAACGAAGUCCCCGUCAAGGAACUGGCUACCCUUCCAAAGGCCACCAUACUGGAUCUGUCCUGCAAUAAACUGACUACUCUACCGUCGGAUUUCUGUGGCCUCACACACCUCGUGAAGCUUGACCUAAGUAAGAACAAGCUACAACAGCUGCCUGCAGAUUUUGGCCGUCUGGUCAACCUCCAGCACCUGGAUCUUCUCAACAACAGGCUGGUCACCCUGCCUGUCAGCUUUGCCCAGCUCAAGAACCUGAAGUGGCUGGACCUGAAGGAUAACCCCCUGGACCCCGUCCUGGCCAAAGUGGCAGGCGAUUGCUUGGAUGAGAAGCAAUGUAAGCAGUGUGCAAACAAGGUGUUACAACACAUGAAAGCAGUGCAGGCGGAUCAGGAGCGAGAGAGGCAGCGGCGGCUGGAAGUGGAACGAGAGGCAGAGAAGAAGCGUGAGGCCAAGCAGCGGGCUAAAGAAGCUCAGGAGCGGGAAGUGCGGAAGCGGGAGAAGGCGGAAGAGAAGGAGCGCCGGAGAAAGGAGUAUGAUGCUCUCAAAGCAUCCAAGCGGGAGCAGGAGAAGAAACCGAAGAAGGAAACAAAUCAGGCCCCGAAAUCUAAGUCUGGCUCCCGCCCCCGCAAGCCACCGCCCCGGAAGCACACUCGGUCCUGGGCUGUGCUGAAGCUGCUGCUGCUACUGCUGCUGUUCUGUGUGGCAGGUGGGCUGGUUGCUUGUCGGGUGACAGAGCUGCAGCAGCAGCCCCUCUGCACCAGCGUAAACACCAUCUACGACAAUGCAGUCCAAGGUCUGCGCCGCCACGAGAUCCUCCAGUGGGUCCUCCAGACCGACUCUCAGCAGUGAGCUUGUCCUCAGUACCUGCUGCCUCCCGGCCUUGGAGCUUGGAUUCCUAUGGAAUUGGGUUCUGCUGGACACAACCUCUUUUUAGCGUCAGACCUACCUGCCAUCAUCAAAUGGCUGCCGAUUGGUACUUGAGAUCUCCUCUUUGUAGGACUUCUUUGUUCCUUAGUCAGGGUUCCCUGGUGGAAUGAGGAGAAAGGGGAGGUGGUGGGAGACAGUUAACCUGCAUGCCUAAAGCAAUAGGCCUGGGGGUGGGGAGAGAGAAAACAUAGCCUUUUCUAGUUGUUAUACAAAGCUGUGUAAAGGCAAGGCUCAUUUCUACUAAAUGGUCAGCUGUCACUACACAUUUAUACUUUUGUAUGUCACCAACCCUUUCUUUCAUUCCUCCCUGGGUAACCAGGGCAGAUCAGGAGGCAGUAUGUUAUGGGGACUAGGGGACACCACACUCAGCAAAUCCAGCCUAAAUUGGGGGGUGGGAGGGGUGUACUAUUUUCUUAAGGACCUCAGAUAGUCAAGCAUUUUAGUGACCAUACAGAACCUCUGGCUGUGAAAGGGAAUUCAUGACCAUCCAGUCCAAUAUGACACUUGUGGAUGGAGAAACCGAGGCCCUCUCGUGACUUGUCUUGGGUCUCCCAGCUAGUUUGAGGCAGAACUAGACUCCAAUUCUGGUGUACAUUCUUCCCUUCACGUCAUUUUGCCUCCUUCAUGAUGUCCUGAAAGAACAGAAUUCACUCAUACUUCAGGGUAGACAGAUUUAUGACUCAAAUAGAAAUCUCAUGUCAUUAGGAUCUUGGGCAUCUCCUCAGGAGUCUGGCCCCAACUUACAUGGCUUUUAUAAAUGGGGACAGUCCAGGCUUCUCGCCUCCAUUUUAGAGCAUUAACUCCCUAAUUGCCAGUAAGCAAGAAGCAGGUCCCUGCCAAGCUACCUUGUCUAUGACAGCUCCGGCCCUGUUAGUACUAGAUGUGAUUAAAUACCUCAACGGCAACAUGAAAACUCUUGAGGUUUAGAAUAGUUUGAUUCUAGACCUGUAACUGAAAGGAAUGAAGGAAUGGAAACAGGAAAUGAGGGAAGCAAGCAGCGUCAUGUGCAUUAGCUGAUGACUAGCACAAAUACGGGCAGUGCUGUCCCGUCUCCCAUCUACCACAUUAAGCAUUUUCUUGCCUCAUCUUUUCACAACAGCUGGAUGAAGGGAUCAGAGACGACUGUCAUGGUGCUCAUUCAUGGAAAACUCCCAAUCGCAAGUUCCUUGCUUCUCCCUGGAGGGAGCAAGAGUCUAUUAUAGUUAGAGACAAGGAGGGCAGCAUCCAGCUUUUAGCCCUUCUGGCCCGUUUGGAUAGGGGCGGCCGCUCGUGACUGUCCUGAUACUGGAAGGAAGGCCUUUAUUCUCUUCUCCCCCGAUAGCUCUGCCACGUAGGUCCAUACCUUCCUCAGAAUCACUACACAUUCAUUUAGUCUUCAUCCAAGCUCCAGAGCCAUUGGUAUAAAUGCUUUAUUGAAACUAAAUACACAAUGUAUAACAGAUUAAGAUCGUACAGAAAUCAGCAUAGCCAUAGCCUGUUCCUUGGCUGGUUAAGGCAGCUCUGGCUGAGCCUCGUCAAGCCAACCCACAUGCUACAGUUCACCCAUGAAUUGGAGAUCAGAUGCUGAUUCUUUUGGAUUUUUACAAUGAUUAAAUACAUGUCUGAGUGGUC